GGAACGGAAAUCCCCUUUAAAUCACGCAUGCGCAGCGGGCGGAGCCUGCGGAAGUUCUGACGGGUAGGUCUUUUUGUUUGGGCCACUGAGAGACUCGUCACUUGCUUUGAUUCCCCUGGUUAACAACCGUUUUUUAUCUGCAUUAAUUUCGGGUGUCUUUUAUGAAUAAUCAAAAGCAGCAAAAGCCAACGCUAACAGGCCAGCGUUUCAAAACGAGGAAAAGAGAUGAAAAGGAGAGAUUUGACCCUACUCAGUUUCAAGAAAGUAUCGUACAAGGCUUGAAUCAAACUGGCUCUGAUUUGGAAGCAGUCGCGAAGUUCCUUGAUGCCUCUGGCGCCAAGCUUGACUACCGCCGGUAUGCAGAGACACUCUUUGACAUCCUGGUGGCCGGCGGAAUGCUGGCCCCAGGCGGGACUCUAUCUGACGACUUGACCCGCACAGAGUUCUGCCUCUUCACGGCACAAGAAGACCUGGAGACGAUGCAAGCAUAUGCUCAGGUUUUUAACAAGCUGAUCAGGCGUUACAAGUACCUGGAGAAAGGUUUCGAAGAGGAGAUCAAGAAGUUGCUGCUGUUUCUAAAGGGAUUCACUGAGUCUGAGCGCAACAAACUGGCCAUGCUGACCGGCAUCCUGCUGGCCAACGGCAACAUAUCAGCCUCGAUCCUUAACAGCCUCUUCAACGAGAACCUCGUCAAAGAGGGAGUAUCUGCAGCCUUCGCUGUCAAGCUGUUCAAGUCAUGGAUCAAUGAGAAGGACAUCAACUCAGUUGCUGUCAGUCUCCGCAAAGUUGGCAUGGACAACAGGCUGAUGGAACUCUUUCCUGCCAACAAACGGAGCUGCGAGCAUUUUUCUAAGUACUUCACCGACGCCGGGCUGAAGGAGCUGUCUGACUUUGCCCGCAACCAGCAAUCCAUUGGCGCUCGCAAGGAGCUGCAGAAGGAGCUCCAGGAGCAGAUGUCCCGCGGUGACCCUCAGAAAGAGAUUAUUGCCUUCACCAAAGAGGAGAUGAAAAAGUCCAACCUCUCUGAGCAGGCCAUGAUCAGCAUCAUCUGGACCAGCGUGAUGAGCUGCGUGGAGUGGAACAAGAAGGAAGAGCUGGUGACCGAACAAGCCAUCAAACACUUGAAGCAAUACAGCCUUCUGCUGAAAGCCUUCACCUCCCAGGGUCUGUCUGAGCUCAGCCUGCUGCUGAAGAUCCAGGAGUACUGCUACGACAACAUCCACUUCAUGAAGGCCUUUCAGAAGAUCGUGGUGCUCCUCUACAAAGCGGAUGUUUUGAGCGAAGAGGCCAUAUUGAAGUGGUAUGGUGAUGCCCACCUUACCAAGGGGAAGAGCGUUUUCCUUGAGCAGAUGAAAAAAUUUGUUGAGUGGCUGAAGAACGCUGAAGAAGAGUCAGAAUCUGACGAAGAGGAGACGGACUGAAACCUCCACCGCCAGAUGAGCUUUGCUUUUUUUUCUUUUCUAUUAUUAUUAUUAUUAUUAUUAUUAUUAUUAUUUUUAUUUUUUAUAUAUAUAUACAUAUAUAUAAAAAGUAGCAGCAGGAGCAGUAAAAUGUCUUUCCCCCCACCUCCCUUCUUUCUCUUCUACCUCCUGUUACUUCUUUAUCCCCAAACACACUCUCUUCCACCACUCCAACACAUUUAAACGUUAUUUUAACAAAAUUAAAAGGGCUCAGUCCUUUAUCGUAACAUGUUUAGAUAUCGCGGCCAACAGUGGAAGCGGUAAACGAUGAAUAUUCCCCUAUUUUCUUUCUGUCUUUCUUUUUGGCUGGUAUUAUUGUUGUAAUACCUUCUGUAAUUUGGAUACAAAACAUUCCAUGUGAUCUCGAUGGCCGCGGCUUGUAUGAAUCUGACCCAGGAUUUGUUUAAUAUUUCGAGUUCGCAUUUUUGCCAUGUGACUACAAGGCAGAAGAAAAUAUGAAUGCAAAAUUUUUAUUUUUUAAUCUCCCCUUUAACUUUGUAUUUUUUUUUUGCCCAGCUCACGUUUUGGCUCCUGUUGGAUCUUAAACGUCGCCUACUUUCUUGACUUUUGGGUAAACCUGUAUGGCGUGUUGAGGUCGCUCUGGUCAGUCUGUCAGAAGACAUGCCCCCCUGUAAGAUGCCUCGCCAGCUAACUGAUUAUUAUUGGUUUCUACUUUCUUUAAUCUGAUAUAAACUGAUUGACUUUUUUAUGAAAUAAAGAUUAUUGAAAUGCUU